AUGGGAGACUUUGCUCAGUCGACCAGUGUGGUCGAUAGUCUACGCUCCAUAAUCAAUCAAUACCCUCACGGCGUUGGCACGUUCAGGGAGUUGCUCCAAAACUCGGACGACGCUGGCGCAAGCGAACAGGUCUUCGUCUUGGACCGACGCGUUCACCCGGCUGGAACGGGCUUCGAUGCUGGACCGGCCUUUCUCGCUUACAACAAUGCUCUAGUGACGGACAACGACUGGGUUGGAUUACAGAAGAUCAACAGCUCGCCAAAGAGAAUGGAUACUGAGAAGACUGGGAAGUACGGCUUGGGAUUCCGCUCGACCUUUCAUAUAACGGACACACCGGAGAUCUUGUCUGGUCGUUAUUUGGCGACCUUCGACCCGCUGAAGCGCAUACUGGCGACAGAAGGGACCAGACGCGACUUCAUUGGAGAUGCAACAUUGGCUCCUCACCUCAAUGUCUUCCGCGCUGCGCUCGAUUCGACUCACGAUGACUUCUCGAAACCUCUGGAUACCACCAUUAUUCGCCUACCUUUGAGGACUGAUCCUUACAGCGAGCUCGCGCCACGCGUCGUCACAUCUCACGAGAUCCAUGGCCUCCUGGAGGAGUUCAUCCGCGAAGAGAUUGGCACUGUCAUGCUUUUCCUACGCCACCUCUCGUCAAUCGUUGUGAAGGAAGUUGAUGAACGCGGCGUCGCCACUGUCCUUGCUACAGCCACGCUUCAGCGAUCCAACUCAAUGGUCGCCCACGACGCGCGGGGACACGAGAUCGAGGUCGAAGUCGUACCCCAAGGCGUUCAGCGGCGCACGACGAGGUGGCUUGUCGUCAGCCGCUCGGACGACCUGACGCCCUACGCUGCGGAGGUCUCUCGAAGGGUGGGAAAUGAUGUCGCCACAAUGCUUACGCGCGAGAAGCUUGUGCCCGACAUCGCGCUUGCUGUUCCUAUCGCCGGUGGCGAGCAUGUACAACAACACCUGGGCCGGCUUUACACUUUCUUGCCCUUGCCUAUCACAACGGGGUUCCCGUGCCUCAUCAACGCUUCCUUCUCGCUUACCCCGGAUCGACAAUCGCUGCGUAAUGCGGAGGAGCACGCGGCAGAGGGAUCAAGUCACCAUGUCCUCGUUGAGUGGAACAAGCUUUUAUUUUCAAAGGCAUUGCCCACAGCUUGGGCGGCGUUGCUGAGCAUGGGCGCGGACCGUGGGAUGGACGUCUACUCGUUAUGGCCGGGCUCCUACUCUGCCGAGGCUCACGGACAAGCCGUCUACUGGAACAAGGUACCUGUGAUACUUGCGACGGAGGUGCAUGAACGUGCACUCCCCAUUUGGCCACGCCUUCUCCCCAACUCUACCACGCCGGCGAAGAUUGCCCUAUCCGCCGAGGUUCUCGUUGUCGACGAACUAGCGGCCGGGCUACAUCUCACCGUCUUCUCUGAAGUUGGCGUGAAAGUCUGUCGGAUCCCCGCUCGCAUACAGUACAUCCUCGCUGCUGCUCGCUGCCCUGUCACAGUGUUGUCGCCGUCGUCUGCGCAUCCCAUCCUCUCGUCGCAUAUAGCUUCGAUCGAGGCGCUUCCCCGUACUACAGAGGGUGACAUAUUUCGGGGCGCGAUCAUCGACUAUCAGCUCCUGGCGCUCUCCCUUCAGUAUAUCGUCAAUCUCCCACUCAUAGUUGCCGGCGACACGUACAUCGCCCUUGAGCGCUCCUCGACAGUAGCGUGCUUCAUCUUCGGCGAUGCGCAGGCCCAGCUCUUCCGGGGUGUUGUCGCGCUACAUUCCCGCGUGAGCGACAUCCCCUCGCCGCUACUGCAACUUCUUCACAAGAAUGGCCCUUGGAACAUUGCACGACCUGGCGCUGCUGAUAUAAAAGCCUUCGUCGAGCGCGUCAUUGCCCAGAAUGCGCCUAAUCUGGUUACAUGGAGCGGCCAGUUCUGGAGUUGGUUGUCGUCCCUUCCUCAACACGACCGCACGGAGCACUUCAAUGCAGUCUGGAACACCCCGAUUCUGCCGACAUCGAAUGGCGUAUGGCAAGCACCCAGCGCUGGCGUCUAUCCUGUUACGCCUGAAGUUGAACGUACUGAGCUACGGGGUCUCCUAGAAGGUUGUGGGUUAGCCUUCCUUCAUCCAAGCAUUCAGCCUGGCACUCUCAGUCCCUUCAAUUGCCUUUGGUCUAUACGGAACGCCAAGGAUCUGAUCAACCAACUCGCACGGAGACCGAACGUACUCAGCGCAGCGUCGGAUGAUGCUCUUGAGCAAUUACACACCAUGCUCGGAGAUGUCCUAGCUACGUACCGGUUCUCGCACCCGGUCUCGAACGCGUUGCGCGGCCUCCCCAUCUUCCCUGCACUCUCUACUGGGCUUGCCGUCGAUCAUACAUCCAGACAAGCCAUCGCCGGCAAUGCCCAGAUCUACGUGGUCCAGGAUGAUAUCCCUCUGCCUGACAUCGCGAGGGUGUGCUUCUUACCCAAGACACUCCCUCGCGCCCUCAUUCGGGCUUUGAAUGCGGAUGAUACGCCCCUUUCAAUUGCCAGCGUGCUUGUACUUGCCUUGGACAACUUCGACGCGCAGACGCCCGACGUGCAGGCAGCGUUCGUCAAGCGCAUCUGCGAAGACGCAGAAUCCUUGCCGCGUCUCAUGACAACCAAGUUGAGCUCCUUGCGCUUCGUGCUGGUCGCGAAUGGGCGGACCUAUGCACGACCAGGCGAUGUGAUCGAUCCGAACUCGAAGAUCAACGGCCUACUUGAGUCGAGCAGUGAACGCGUUGCAUUCACGACCACUAUCGCGGGGCGCGACAUGAUCGGCAGCCUCUCACAGCUCGGCCUCCUCACCAAGUCCCUCACUCCCGCCAUUGCGUGCGAGUGCAUCGCGCGUAUCUCCUCUUCCGCCGAUUCCGUCCUUGCAGCACGGCUCUUCUCCUUGAUGAACGUCACGCAUUUCGACGCGUCCUCUCUUGGGUUCGACCCGGCAGCCCGAUGGAUUCCUUGUGAAGAUGGACGGUUAUAUGCCGUUGGUGAAUGUCGAGAUGACAGUCGGGAGAUGCUGCAAGGGCGUGCGCUCUUCGACCGCGUGCUCUCCGUCGCCACCACUACCGUCGUAUCCCCAUCUCUUCGCCGGUGCUUCGGCUGGGAUGUUGCGAUCCCGCUCCACGUGCUGAAGCGCCAAUUCGCCGCGUGUGUCGCAGAGGAACCUACUCAGCCGGCAGUUCUACAAGUUUUGGUUCAGGCUCUGGCAUCUAGAUCCCUCGCCAGUGGAGAUCUGCGAGAGUUACAGUCUGCAUCGGUCGGUAGGCACUGGGUGCCUGUGGACAAUGAUGAAUGUUCCUCGACGCCAUUCGCCGUAUUUGAACUCCACGGUCCACUCUCGCCCUUCCGUAAGAUCCAAUCACGGUCAAAACUAGUGCGCUCCUUCCUACAAAAGAUGGGGUGCUCUGAGAGGCCACAGCUAGGGGCUAUCUUACAGGUGCUGCAAAUGCUGCAUACUUCGGAGACCGCCUUCAAACCCAGUCAUGUCGUUGCCCUCUUGCAAGCCUUGGACGUGAAGAGUCUCGAUUCGCAAACCACAUCGUGUCUCCCCAUACCUACCGACGGCGGCGAACUCCAUGCUUGCUCUGAAGUCUAUUACAACGAUCUUGGGUCGCGCGCCUACCUCGUCCAGCUGCCCAAUGCCGCCCAUCGUGCUCAUGCUUGCGUCACUCUCGACCUCGCUCACUCUCUGGCGAUGAAGGACCUGUCAUCGUUGGGGAUGGAGGACGAUGAUGAGGAAGAUAUGGGCGAGGCUUUGUCGACACGCAUUGCCAACGUCCUUCGCCAAUAUAAUCAAGAUCAAAUGCCAACAGAGUUCUUGGCCAAUGCUGUCGAUGCGGGCGCUUCGGCCGUCUCUUUCAUGAUUGACGAGGUCGACUUCUCGGACGCGGCGGAUCGACUCAUCGUGCCUUCUUUAGCACAGCUUCAGGCGCCAGGCGCCCUGGUGAUCCACAACGACGCUUGUUUUUCCGACAACGACUGGAAGGGCAUUAGACGCGUAGGGCAGGGUAGUAAACGCAAUCAGCCUGGUAACAUAGGCAGAUUCGGUCUUGGCGCACUUGCCGCGUACCACUUUUCGGAGGCUACGAUGAUCAUAUCCGGCGAGUACUUCCUCUUGCUGGAUCCCUCAAGGCGCUUCCUAGGGAGACGCGCUUCGCGUCGCGUCAAGCUUCGUGAUAUGAGAAUUUUGUUCCCCGACCAGCUCGUGCCUUUCGUUGGACUGCAUGGGUUCGAGGCAGAUACCGUCGAUUACCAUGGCACCCUAUUCAGGCUUCCGCUGCGCUCGCGCGUCCAGGCUCAGACAAGCGAACUUUCUACGAACAUCAUGAGCGUAGAAGCUGCUUAUGACUUGCUCGUACGACAAGAGACUCGCGUCAAGCUCGCCGUGCUCUUCAAUGCCCGGUUAAACGAUAUGACUGCCGCUGUGCGCUCUUCGCACCAAUCCGGAACCUUGAAGGUUGGGCGUAUCUGGCAUCUUCACGUCUCAAGAGACAUCAUUGAUUCCGACGAUCACACAUUACCGAGCGCUGGGCACUCCGAAGUCACGAUAACGUCCACUUUAAACGGCACCGCGGAGACAUGGAGAAUAGGACUACAUCCAUUUUCCAAAAGCCUCGUACCGAAUUCGUUCCAUCCGCUGUUCGAGAAGUACUUGCUACCUGACACGCUAUCUGUUGGCGUCGCGUUGCCGAGGCAGGCACAAGCUCCUUCACAAGCAUGCUCCCUCUUCUCACACCUCCCCCUUCCCAUCACGACAACCCUCUCCUUCCAUGUUCACGCAUCGUUCAUCUUGGCCGAAGAUCGACGCAGCAUACGCUUGGACGACACUUCUUUCGCGAACUCCGAGUCCGCCUACAACCGAUAUCUCCUCUCCUCUCUGGUCCCGAACUUGUAUCUGUCGGUCCUUCAUCAUUGGCCCACGUCAAGCCGAGCUGGAGACUCGCUGGCAAGCAGCCGCUUCUGGCCGUCACCACACGGCGAUAGGAUCUCUCAGCUCAUCGUUGACCCUCUCUACAGGACGGCCGGCGAGGACAGUCGUGCCAUCUGCGAGAGCGUGACGGGCGCGCGAGUCGCGCCGUCCGACGCGAUCUUCACCGGUGGGCUGCAUGGGGAAGUCGUUCGGGGCUUAGAGCUCCUCCAACCGCCGAACCUCGUCACCAAACCAGCCACUGCCCUCGAACGCACGUCUAUAAGGCGUCUGGAUGCGGGCACUGCUCGUGUGUACGUGUCGCAAUCCGAGAGUCGGCUCUCCCAACUAUACGCCGAGGGGCAGAUCACCAUUCCGCAACUACUUGCUCUAAUCCGCUUCAUAUUGGGCAACGAUCAGUUUGGAGGCAGUCUGAAUGAUCUCCGCCUUCUUCCCCUCGCCGACGGCUCUCUCGUGCAGUUCCGUCAGCAACCAAAGUGGGGCUCCCAAUCUUUGGACGAUGCCGUGUUCAUGCUGCCUAGCAACGCUUCGUCUGCUCGUGAGAGACUUUUCGCAGCGUCACGCUUCGUGCACCCUGACGCCAGCGAUGAGCUCCGGUUGGCCCUUCCGCAUAGCAUCUUGCAAGUCAAGCCUUUCAAUGACGACGCACUCGCAUACUUAGUAGGACUAUGGCUCCAGCCAGCGCCCGAGGCCAUCUUAACCGAACAAACAUCUCGCUGGGUACACAACUUGUGGACCCUCUUCUCGUCCCUUCAUUCGCAGGUAGAGCUGCACAAGGAUCUACGUGUCCUGCCACUAGUAUCCGUUUCAGGUCAACAACACCGGCACAUAUCUGUCGCAAGCUGUGGCGGAACCAGCACGCUGCUCGCUACCUCAUCCACCCCGCCCAACGUGGUUGAUGCGCUGUCCGCCAUGGGCGCCUCGUUCAUCGACAAGGAGCGGCUUCCCAGUGCCCUUCGCGCGCGCGAACCCGUUAGGUCCAUGACGUUCUCUUUCUCGUCUGUUCUACAGUUCUUGGAACGGCACCUUCGGAGUAUGACGGAGAUCAGUGCCGCGCAGGCGGCUGUUCUACGGGCGUGGAUCCGCGCUCAGGUCAGGUCGAGCCACAAGCUACCUCCGGAAGACAUACGCAUCGCGCUCCUGCUUCCACUCUUCCCUGUGCGCAAUAGCCAGGAGUUCGCCGCGGCCAAUAACGUCCAAAUGCUUCCGCCGGGUGUCCACAUCGAGGACGUUCUUCCCCUCACACUCUCCUCGGAUAGAAUCACGCCGUACGAUGUGAGCCUAGCCAACAUGUUCAAGAUCACGUCCAUGUCCUUCGACAUCUUGGGCCACAUGCUCUCGAACGCUCGGCGCCUUGGCCAGGUCAUCAACCGUCCUCAAGUCGUGGCUUUGGCGAACCUACUACGGACGAUCCUCAGCAUCCCAAGGGCCAUCCAGGAGAUGCGUCAGACGCUGCAGGUACCGAACACGCAUGGCGUUUAUGUGCGGCCCGACACUCUGUACUCGCGCGGUGUAGCUAUGUUUGUCUCCGCUUUCGACGUCGAGGGUCGUCGCCCAGACGUAUUCGUGCACACAUUGCUGGCCGAGUUCGAUCCGCGGCUGGACGCAUUCGGGAUGCGCGUCGUCGAGAACGCCGAUACGUUCAGGCAGUGUGCCCUGGCUAUCCAGGACGCGACCGAUGAGUCGAAAUCGGAGAGUGCGCGCGUGGUGUACGAGUACUACCGCGAUAGGUUGCCCUGGGUACGAGGCGUUCAUUGGGAACACUACGACGCUAUCAGGUUCAUUCCCCGUGCGAUAGAACGCAGGCCGAACGUUCCCGCAUUCAACGCAUACGCGCGAGAAUUUCCGGAGAUUGUGUCUCCUGGGCAGCUUCUGCGUGCCGAUCUUGCCUCCAUCGCCUGGACGCAGCGGGCGCUAUUCGAGUCGGAACCAUCUCCCAGAUUAGCAGUGGAGAACGCCGCUUUGGGAGUUCCUACAGCGGAGGAGGUGGUUGCACAUAUACGUGUACUAAGCGGUAUUCCAGGAGAUCUUGACAACCGCGCGGUAAUUGCGAAAGACGUCAAGGCGUCUUACAAGUUCCUCCAAGACCGCAUUGCCGAUCUUUCCGACGCUACGAAGCAAGAGCUCAAGCGCGGUAACCUCUUCCUCAACGUCGACAACCACCUCACCGAAUGGGCAUGGUGCUCUGCUGCGGACCUCAUCCUCAACGCGAGCGAUGACGGGCCGACAUAUAAGAGGGCGCGCGCCAGCCUCAAGAACUACUCGAAGCUCUUACGCGCGCUAGGAGUGCAUAUGCUGGAUGCUGUGAACAAGCCGACGAUACAAGUAACUGGUAUUGAAGGCGAGCUGAAGAGGCUGCGAGGAGGGUUCGAUGCGAAGCGCCGUGCGGAGAUCGGUAUUGACGUUGUCUUCAUCGACACGGACGAGGUUCCCGGAAGGCAUCCGGCUCACAAGAUAUUCCUAUCCGCGUGCGCGUCAUACUUCGACGGUCUAUUCUACCAGGCUGGUAUGCGCGAGUCCGUCGUCAAUGGCUUUGCACCGGUCGAGGUGGAGGUUCAGACUAGUGGCGGAGCUCUUCGACGUUGUCUUGACUACAUGUACACUGGCAACUUUGCACCCAUAGAACGCGAAGACCUGCAGAUCCUUCUAGACAUGCUUGCCCAGGCGGACUACUGGAGCCUCGACGACUUGAAGGCGACCGUGCAGGGCGAUCUGGUCGUUCAUCUCUCGCCGAGGGUGUACGAAGACGUUCGAGGAUAUGCUGAGAGGUACAACGCGGAUAUCUUGCUUAGGAGCUGUGACGAGUGGGAGGCGAAGAAUAGGGACGCUUUGCGACGAGGUGUGGAUAGGUCGGAAGACUGA